UUUCCUUGAGGGGGGGUUUAGCUGCUGUCCGGUGUUUAUCGAGGAGGUACCAGCUGCUAGCAAGAUGCACACGGCCAGCGCUCAGUUAAAUGUGCAAGUACCCGCCAGCUAGUCUUUACCUGUACAGGUAGUAAAGCCACUGUCGUUGUUCUAACCGGACACCAGCGGAAAUGGCGGGGAUAAUUAAAAAACAAAUCCUAAAACAUUUGUCUAGGUUUACUAAGAACCUUUCCCCAGACAAGAUCAACCUGAGUACGCUGAAAGGAGAAGGGCAGCUGUCCAACCUGGAGCUGGAUGAGGAAGUCCUACAGAACAUGCUUGAUCUUCCCACUUGGCUGGCUGUCACUCGGGUCUUCUGCAACAAGGCUGCCAUCAGGAUACAAUGGACAAAGCUGAAAACAAGCCCCAUUUGUCUGUUCUUGGAUAAGGUGGAAGUUGAGAUGAGGACUUGUGAAGAGCCGCGUCCUCCCAACGGGCCCUCUCCCAUCGCCAUAACAGCAGGCCAGAGUGAGUACGGCUUUGCUGAGAAAGUGGUGGAGGGCAUGUCCGUCAGGAUCAACACCAUCACCAUAAAGGUGCAGGCUCGAGCCUUCCACGCCUCUUUUGAGCUUUGGCAGCUGCAGGGCAACAGCCUCAACCCCAAGUGGCAACGCAGCGACCUCCGAUACACCCGCAUCACCGACCCCAAGAGAGGAGAGGUGUUGACAUUCAAAGAAAUUAACUGGCAGACACUGCGAAUCGAGGCAGACGCCAUCGAGAGCGAUAAUCAGGACCUCAGUAGCACGCCGCUACGCCUCAUCACCAACCAGGGGCGCAUCCACAUCGCUCUGAAACGCAGAAUAAAGGACUGUAACGUGCUGGCUUCCAAGCUGCUUUUCAUUCUGGAUGACCUGCUGUGGGUGUUGACAGACUCUCAGCUCAAAGCCAUUAUUCAUUAUGCCAAAUCGCUCAGCGAGGCCAUGGAGAGGUCCGCACAGCAGAGGAAAAGCAUGACGGCUGAAUCCUUGCAGACGGCUCCGCCAUCUCCCAGCAUUCAUAGCCAGUGGACAGAACCUGCACCUUCAUCCACAAGCACCACCACCACCAACAACAUAAGUCAAUACUUUGAUCUCCACGAUGUCAAAGAGUCUUCCUACCACACCUUCAUAUCACGCCUGGACUUACACAUAUGCAACGACACGUCUUCACUGGAUGAAGAUGAGCCUCCCCCGCCGGGCCUGCAGGGUGCCAUGCAGCUGACCUUCAGGAAGCUGGGCUUUGACUACUAUCCCAGUCACAGACCUGCUGAUGGAUGUCGACACUGGGAACGCCACAGUGGAGCCAUGGAGGCGCAGGCCCAGUGGACUGCGAGGCUGCUGCAAGAGUACCAGAGAAGAGCUGAGGCCUGUGGGUUUCCUGGACCGCAUGCUGAGGGUCCUCCAUCAGCCAAGGAGUCCCCAGCAAAGACGGCCCAAAAUGGACAGUCCAGUCCCAAGCUGAACUCAUCCGACAAAGACCAGGCAAGCAAGCGAUGCUCAGCGACAGCGACCUUAAAUCCAUCCCUUAAGAGGCUUCGGUCCAGCUGUGUGGUGAUCAGAAUGGACGAUGUGGACAUUCACCAGGUGUCUACAAGGGGCCGUCAGAACAAGAAACCUCAUUCUUUAAUGUCCUGUAACCGGAAAGCUCUGCGUCUGCCUGAUAAGGUACCGGCAGUUCACCUGCAGUUUACUGAGUACUACUUUCCAGACAACUCAGGUGUGCCAGUGCCAACUUCAAGCCUGUACGCCCAGUUAAACGGCCUCCAACUUUGUGUAGACCCAGCCAGCAUGCUGUGGAUCAAUCUGUUCUCCAGAGGUCUUCUGCAUACUUUGGACCAGGUCAAAGCUUUUUACCAUUUGCAAGACAGUGGUAAGCCUGAAGAGCAUGUGGACCUCCGUCUGGAUGCAGCUCAGCUUAAGGUGAUCAUUCCCCUGGAUUCAUCUAUUCUGGACCAUCCAGAGCGUCCGCAGUCCCUCUCUGUUAUCGUACCCCAGAUGGUCCUAAGCAACACCCGCCACUGCCCUCAUGGCUCCAGAUCAGACCUCAGCAGCGCCUGUGAGAAUUUCGCCAGCAGCCCUUUCUUCCAGCCUGAACCUCCUUGUCCAUACCCCAGAGAUCUGAAUACUUUCCAUCCCAUUCCUUCCACGUUCCUUCAGCACUCCCAGGAAGCAGAACCCCAGCAGAACAUGAAGCAGCUACGCUCUCAGGAUGUCUGGGGUCUGAGCAUGUCCCGUGUUACUCUAGGCUUUGAUGGAGCGAGGAGAUUCCCCAAAGGAAGAACCCAACCUUUUAUCGAGCCCUUUGCCAUGUCUGUGUGGAUGUGUCAGCCGGGUCAACGCAGAGGUGAAACGCUGCCUCCCGCCCAUAGUCCCGAUGGAGCCAACCACAACUUCUCAGAACAGGAACCUCAUCGACACGAAGCUUCUCUCGCCUCUUUUCACUUCCUGGCCCACACCAUCACCCCGCUGAAGAUGUGGCUCAAUCACUAUCAGUAUGUCGCCCUGCUGAGGAUGAAGGACGCCAUGGCCCGGCUGGGUGCCGAGCUGAGCCAGGAUCUGCGAGGCAUUAAACAGGCUUGUGGUAAGAAGACAAAAGCACCCACGGUUUGUCUGGCUCUGCUAGUGGACUCUGUGGAGUUGGGUCUGCUUUUGCCACCAGCUUCAUCUGAGCCAGAAGAAGAGAUCCCUCACUCCCCAGAAACAGACAGUCCCAGCAUAUCAGACUCGGACCUCUCGCCAGCCCACUUCUCUGUUGACGUGGUCCUGGAGGACGGCGGGUUAGAAAACGGCCUCUCCUCCAUCACUACAGCUGUCACAGUGAUUGAUGAACAAGAUGGCAUGGUGGAGGUGGCGUAUGAGGCUGUGGAGGAGGAGCUGGUAAGCAAAGUGACAGCAAAGGAGGACACCAGCGGGCUCUCGCCUCCCCUCUCACCUGGAGCCUCUCCUGUCAUCUCCAGAGAACCUUCAACCUUCAGCCUGGAGGGAGAGCUGUCCAGUGCAAUCACUGUCACCAAGGACGUCACCAAAGAUGCCAUUAGUGCCUCUCUGGACCUGACCAAGGGGGCGUUCUCCAUAACAAAAGACGCAUUCAGCAUGCUGAGCCGUGGUUCAGGCAUGAGCAAACUGUUCAGUGCCCAGACCAGGGAACUGAUUCAGCAUUCAGAAGAAUCCUAUCUUUCUACACCCCCCCACACCAUCAGCCAGUUACAUUCCCAGCAAUCCUUCGACAGCGCCAUCUUGGAUGGCAGCCUGCCUGAUGAAAAUCUGUCUGUUGGUAGUGAUUUCAGCGACAACUUUGAGGUUCUCAUGGACUCAGAAUCAGGAAUAGAGUCCUCACGUCCCAACAACACGCCUGCAGGCAGCCGAGGCAGCCCAGCGCCGGGAACGGAGGGAGGCUCAUCAGCUGAUCUGAGCAGCUCCCCCUCCCAGAGUACGGAGGACGUGUUCCAGGACAUGUCCUCAGUGUUGCUGCUGGUUCUGAGUGGAACAGCUUGUACCCUGGAGCUUCACGGAGAGGACCAGCUAGUGGCUGUUCAGGCUCAGAGUCUGACCCCCGUGCAGAUGGGUAACGUCAGGCAGGCCGAUGUUCUGGCUGGUCUCGCACAAGCUCCUGGGGACCGGGUCUUUGUCAAGGACCUGCAGCGGAACAGGGACUCUCCAGCGUUUCUCAUGCGAGCAGAAGCGGGUCCGUCUGCUGCUCGGCGCUCUGCUCUGGCCGAGUCGUCUGGGUUCCUGGAUGCAAGAGUUCAGGACUGCCAGGUGGAGUUAUUAGCCUCAACGGUGGCCAGCAUCAGUCCGUUCCUAGAGGAUGAGUUCAGCGUGGAUGGCCAGCCAAUGAGGCUGCACUUACAAAACGUCACCAUCACCUUGAAGGAUGACGGUCCCAGAAUCUACCCCACAGCUCCUCAACCGGUCCCAGCUAAGUUUGUUAUCGACCAGCUGCUCCUUGAGCGAAGUGAUGAUGGCCUAAUGAGGGUCAAAACUGACCUUCAACCCUCAGCAGAUGUUCCUGUGGUGGAACAUGUGUCUGGUUCGGCUGGUUGCAACAGCUUCAGCCCAGUCCAACACCUCAGUGAGAUCCCGACUCUGGAUUCACAGCUCUACAAGGUGCAGGCCGCCCUGACUCAGGCCCUCAGAGACAAAGAGCGCCUCCUUCUGGAAGUCAGGCGGUACGACCCCUCGUUUACCCUCUGAUCCCCUCUGGUUAGUCGUGGGGAGAACGUCGGCUCCUUCAGACCAUCUCUGGACAACAGAUGCAAGGAAAUGGAAGAUGAACCCAAACGGUCUCUUCCAGCUUGUCCACACAGCUCCUGUAGGUACAUUAAUGGUAGUUUUAUUUUUCUUUACUUCUGAAUGUCAGACUAAAUAUUCUCAAACAGUUUUAUAUCUGGUAAAGAUCAGUGUGCACUGCAGUGUCUUUGUGUGGUUUCAGUGUAAAACUCAGCAUGCCAAAUGAACAAGCUUUAAUUCUCUCCACUUAGUUAUUUGUGUCACUGCUAGACAGCUGCUAGCCCAUCAGGCACAGAGCGCAACGAUCAGAGUUAAGAUGUAGCAGAGUAUUUUAGUUUGCUUUAUUCUGACUGGUCUUCGUGUGUCAAUGCAGUUUAUCUGUACAGAGUAAAAAAAAGCACGUUUUAUUUAUUUUUUUUCAUGUAUUAGCAGGUCAGGUGUUUUGUGAAAGGUAGAGAAAAAAUGCACUUUUUUUUAUUCAUGAAGAACCUGAAAGAGUCAGUUUCGUUUGUUGCUUCAUCGCCAGGUGGAGUAGUUCUCACUUCCUCACAAAGCAGGUGAAUUAUCUCCUGGAUGUGUUAUCUGAUGACUCGUGAAUCAUUUGUGUUUAUUUUAAUGCUGUGAAACAAUCUGCUCUGUGGAGGAAACAUCCUGUAAACACAACGCCGCUGAAGAGGUUUCAGAUGAAACUUCUUCCUCUGGGUCUCCAUAAUGUGACUUUUGUAGCUUACCAGGAAACGACGAUAGUGUUUUAACUGUUUCUCUUUGUUUCACUUGUGCGUGCGUGUGUUUAAAUGUUUGUUUACUAAAUCAGAUUUACUAUCAUGAGUUGAAACCAUAUCAGUCAUUUUAAAAAGAGAAAGAGAAAAUGUUAGAUUUAACCCAGUUACAGAAAAGCAGACUUCCUGUUUGCUCUGACAUCAUGUUUUUCACUGUCAGCUGUUUCGAUUUAAACAGUGACGGAUUCAUCAAAAAAGUUGGAUAGGAAAGAUUAAUCCUACAAGUGUCAUGUUGUUGAAUCGGGUUUAUAUAAGAACUACUUUAUGUUAAAUGUUUGAAGAUGUUUAGUUGUAAAAAAACAAACAAAAAAAAAACCAUAAAGGUAACAGGAGACACCUGCUGGCAGGAACCUGCCAGUUAUUUUCUGCUGAGUCUCAGAAGGUAGAAAUAAUAAAUUAGCAUAAAAAAGACGAUUGUAAUUAUUUUAGCAACAUGACACCUUCACCUAAAGCACGUAGAAUAAUAGGAGACACUGUUGUUUAAAUGCAGGGUAUCUGCAGGUUUAAGGGAGCCAAAUUUAAGACUUUUUAAGACCUUUUUUAAGGCCACUUUGACCAAAUUUAAGCUUUUUUUUCAAUUAAAUUUAAGCUAUAAUUUCCAGCUAUUGCCUGGAAACGGUGCUAACCACGUUGCGUAUGUGGGAUUAGCCAUCUAGUUACCAUUAAACUUUUUUUUUCUUGGUGAACAUCAAUCACGUUACAUUGUAACAACAACCAAAACUCAACAAAAACAAAAAGAACAAUUCAGUAGAUAAACCAAAACCUUAUAACUAGACCAUUAGAAAUAUUCUAAUCAGUAGAAACAACCGGAUUUAUAAGAUUAACAAGACACGAUAAAGAAGUAAAAAUAAAAUAAAUACAAUAUUAAUAUUAAUACUACUAAUAACACAAUAAUAAUAAUACAUAUUUAAAGACAGAGGACCUUAGUUCACAGGAUCUUCACUAAAUGUGACAAGUGUAACAGCCUGUACAGUCUUUAGCUUUUUAAGAGAUUUACAAAAUAGCAGUUACCAUUAAACUUGCACUUCCCCAUGGCGCAAGCUCCCACUAGCUUAACCAGCUAAUGUGCUCAUCUAAAAAUAGCCCCCUUUCACAACCAACUGAAUGUGUAUGGUUCCGCUUAUGCAAAUGUCAUACACAAAAAAUGUUGAACACAAACUAGAAAUUCACAAAAAUUUCAUAGAAAUAAGUCUUGUUUAUUGGGUCUUUGGUGAUUUAAGACCUUUGGAAACUGUAUUUAAGGAUUAUUUGUCAUUUUUAAGGAUUUUUAAGGCCUUAACUUUGGAAAAGCUAAUUUAAGACUUUAGGACCCGCAGAUACCCUGUAAAUGAUAAGUUCAUUCCUGUGUGUUGUACAUAAACCGUCAGCUGCAUGCAAACUCCAAAUCUCUCCCAUAUGAGUGUAACCUAGAAGAGAGGCUGCCCGUUUACCUCGGUAUCUCUCGACUGGCUGCUGGUGUUUCUCUUCCUGCAUGGCCUUAAUAAGACAGACGUGUAAAUGUGCCACGCUGUAUCCAUGUAGCUCUAACGUUCCCUCUGUGUAAUGUAGCAUCUCUAUUCCUGACAAACCGGUGCUUCACAUUAGAUUUCUCCAUAACCUGCCACACUAGACCUCCUGUGCAAUCAGAGGCAAGUCAGGGGUUUCCAUGAUGAUGUGAUCGAACCCACUGAGCCAUGCACACUUGAAACAAAUGCAUGAACAGAGAGUAAAGAGCCACUGCACAGUGUUCUCUGUGCUUCAGAUGCACGAGGUGACGAUGUCAUCGAUGACUCCUGGAGGCCAGUUCACUGGAACUUGCACUUGUUUUACUGUAAAUCACUUUAGAUGAAUGCAGAAGUCUUGGUGAGAUAUUUAGUAGUGCAGAGAAUCUGGACAGUAUUGUUUUCUUUUGUCGGCUGUGUAACUUUGAAUUUUGUAUUCAUCACUUCAUUAAGACUAAAACUGGUUCUGUGAACCAAAGCUAGUAAAUAAAAGAAAUCCAUGAAUUGGAACACA